AUGUCGAAAGGAAAAUUGACUCCACCAAAGACAUAUCAUCAAAAUGUAAUAGCAAGUGGGACAAAAAAAAUCAAUGAUUUUAAAGUUGAUUGUUUAUAUAAACUUGAUGAUCUCAAGCUAAAGCAUCUAGCUGAAAUCCAAAAGUUCAAUGACUAUUGGGCAAGCGAAGAAAUCCUUGUUCGCUACUCGAGUCCAUCACCAGAGCUUCAAGAUUUGUAUCACCAAGAGGAAAAGCUCGUGGAGUUCAAGGAAUAUGCACAAGCAGCUAACAUACGCCAAUAUCGAAUUAGUCUUGAAGAAAAAGAAACAAAGGAAUCACAAGAAAAGUUAUUAUCUGACGCAAAAUCAAAGUUAAGAAUACUUGAGAAAAAGCACCAAUAUGAGCUUGAGCGUCUCGAAGCUUAUUUUCAAGAAGGAAUAAGGAAAUUACAAUAUAAAAAAGAAAAUGAUGCAAUUAUGUUCCAAAAAAGAUUAAUUAAGUUAAACAAAGACCACGAAAAUCCAAUAGAUAGAGCUCCACUUCCUGCUUCAUGGAGAUUCAGCGAAAUGGGAACCCAAACUCCUAUGGCUGUAACAACUCCAAGGACAAGAGUGAAAUUCGCCAACUUUAAGAAGACAAAACCAAUUGUCAAGCUUGAAUUGCACGGAAUUACAUCUCGACCAUCGACUUGUAUCCAACGUGUUCGAAUUCAACUUUAA